UUGAAUAUCUUCGAAUAUAAAUCAUUUUAUUAUAAGCAUCUUGCACUUUACCAUCUAAUAAACGGUGGUAUUAUUCUAAGUAUACUUUUCUACUUGCUAUUAACUGCUAUUGUAGUCAUAAUAAAUCACCUACAUACAAGAUAUCAAUCAUCAUAUAAUUUCUCAAAUUGUAAUUUGAAUAACAUUAUCUGUACAGCCUCAAAAUAUUCUACUUUUCAAUCUCAAACUAUCACAACAACUCUGCUCCUAUGUUUAUAGAUUUAAAUACCUGCUUCCUCCGCUUUGAAGACGUACUGUAUCAACUGCCUAUAGAGCAACUUUGGUUUCAACUUAUCACAAGUUGCCUCUCAUUAAAACAAAAGCGUUGGUUACAAGAUUAUCUUGCAUCAGGCAAAUACGAUGUGUCUACAAAACUUGUUGUCUCUAAGCCUACAAAAGUCGGAAUGAAGCAGAAUGAAUCACUCAACGCAUACAAUGAGCAAAUCCAACAGCUGAAGAGAAAAUUUGACUGUUAUGGUAAGACUGCAUUCAGUCGUUUUAUCGAUUAUCUCAUCAAAAAGAUUACCAUUACUCGUUGCAACUCUAUUCCCUAUACUGAGUAUCUUUCAUCUACCAUGACUAGCAACAUCAAGAAGCUUUAUGCCAAAUUGUAUAGAAAUUCGCAUGUUGACAACACCAGCAUCUCCAUUUGCUCUUCUGCCGGCGCUCUUUAACUUUCCAUGGACAGCAAUCGUAGCAAUGAUAACCGAGAAAUCAAAAAAAAAAAAAAAAAAAACUUGUUCCAUAC